AUGAGCUUCCCACAACCCAUCCCUUUGGCAGCUUCUCCUGUUCUUUCCUCUUCCACCGUCCACAGGAAACUGGAGAGUGUUUAUCCCCAAGGAGGGCAGGCCUCCGCCCCUCUUCCCCAGAGGCCGUGCCCCUCACACACACCCCCACGCCACCCUUCCCGCGAUACACACGCAAGUACUUGGGGCGACUGGGCGCCGCUCCCACGCCAGAGCCCUGCCCCGCACCAGCCCGGGGCCGAGCCGCCAGGCCCCUUCUCCUGCACCCCCACCCCCGCCCGCCGCCGAGGCUCCAGAUGGCGACUCCCUGCGCCCGGCUUGCAGCCCCCAGACGCCGCCCGGCAGCAGCCGGCGGUCGCUCCCUCCCUCCCAGCUGCUGCGGCAAGACUGGGGCCAUUUCGCGAGGCGGGCGGACUCCUCGGAGGGCUCGGAUUGGGGUGCGAGCGCAGCCGCCGAGAGGCCCGCAGGAGCUGCGCUCGCAGGGAAGGAGCCCCGCAGUCCCCAGAUACUAUCAAAUCAGCCUGGGAAGCAGCUUUUCACUCAGCAAGUUCAAGAGAACAACUAUGUUACAAUCCUUGCCUAUUCUUUCCUCCACUUUAUAAUGUCAUAAAAGGCACCACCUUGGGUAUCAUUUAUCAACCCCUCUCCAGCCUUCUCUUCCAAAACAACACUACAGUUUCCUACAUGUGUAUUUUUGCCAGGACAGCAAAGAGCCUUGCUAGAGUGGAACAAGGAGUAGAGAAUUGAACUGUGAAAAAGAAGCCCGAGAUCACCCAGAGAAAUGGUGUUGCAGCCCCUGUGGAAGACUCAACUUGCAGGCUGUUAAAUACCUCAAGUCAUUAGCAUCAGCUGCUGCACUAAAGGGGCAAGUCAGCGCCUCUAAGUGGCUUAGCGCACAAACGAGGCUCCCGAGACAGCCUGGAGAACUCCAUCUCCUCCUCCUCCACCCGCUAGAUGUGAAAAGCUUUCCGGAGCCCAUCUUG